UUCAUUUUCCGGUGCACAUGUUUAAAUGGCACGAUUGAAUGAUCCAAACAUAGCAUGAUAGUAUUAGUUGGAGCUAUUUGGGAAAUAUGCAAGUGUCUUUACGUCUCAUUUUUCUAUAGAAAAACGGAAGAAAGAGGAACACAGACUGACGAAGAGGAGCAACGUAUUUGCAGAACUUUAUUGAAAGCAUUGAAAAUCGAAGAGAAUGAAACUGUUAAGAUAUUAAAGACAACUGUAAAGAAGAGGAAUACUAAAUCUUAUCUUUCCUCGGCUCAGAAACGUUGGAUAUCAAAACACAGUAUGGCUCAACGAGAAGUUACAAAUGAACUCAGCUUGGUACCAGGUGGUGCAGAGGGUGUUGACGAUGAAUCGGAUCAUUUUUAUGCAGCUCAUUUCCCACCACUCCACAAAGAUGAAUCUGAUACCAAAACAAAACCUGGAAGUUCAAAGACCAAAGAGACAAGUUUUAAACAGAUUCAUCAACAAGUUCCUGUAUCAAGUACAACACAGUGGAUGACAGCAAAUCUAGACAAAGCACAAAGGGAGACAACUGUUGAUGAAAUGAGACAAGUUCUUCUUGAACUAGAAGAUAAAUGGAGUGAUGAUACAAAGAAAGACAAGACAGAUGUAUACAGGACAUUCAGACGACACCUGUCACAUUGCACCAAUCCCUACACCCUGGUCACAUACCUUGUAGAGAAGAGCAAAGAUUAUCAUUUACCCAAGACUUCAACUCUUGCCUAUUACAUUAUGAAAGAGUUUGACAAUUGGUGCAGUUCAAAAGACAACAUUCCAAAAUAUUCACAGUUCCUUCUCACACAGGAGUUAAAAUUACAUGUGUUGCAUAUGUGUACUCGUUUUCACAUGACUAUGGUUGGCUUUGCAAUAAAAGCAUUCCAGCUCAACCAACCUGACAACAGCUUUUUGGUGCCUGUGCUAAGAUGCUUUUUAGAACAACGUAAAUACAAAGAGGCUGCAGUUUGUGCAGGUAAGCUUGGCUUACAAGACCAUUUCUCUGUGGAAGAGACUGUUUUACCAUUAAUUCUACAAGAUAAAGUGAACUUGAUAGAAAGCUACUUAGUUGGUAACCCACAGCAACAGCAGCUUGUUGUACAUAUGCUGGACAGACUAUGUGAUCGGUCCAUUGACAUGUCCCAUGUCAUCAGUUCGUCAGGUGUGCCAAAUGCGAAACGAGAAAAGAUGCAUUGGAAACCUCUGAGUAAGCUGGCUGCUCGUCUGAUGAAGUUAUAUGAAAUCUCUCCAGAUUUGUGUCCAAACAUCAGCAAUGCUAGAGGCCUGGGUGCUGUGAAAUAUCUGUUGUAUAAGAGAUACAUUGAGGGGUCAAUGGGUGCAGGAAGCUGGGAAGAAAUGGUGCAGAGUGCUGUUGGUGACAGUACCUUUCUAAAGGAACAGUUGAUAGAACAGCUAAUGUGUUACAACGAGACAGUGGCCGCAGCAAAGUGGGCUGAUCACUACCAGCUUUCUGACGAGUCCAUUCCUCCACCGGUGGCCCAACAGAGAAAGAUCCUGAAAGAAAACCCUGGUCCUACUACACAAGAGAUAGGAAGUGAGGAUUGGGAGACUGACUGUUACACUGACAGCGACAUUAAAACAUCCUGGUACCCACUGAAAAUGUCUCUGGAUGCAAUCAGUAUGGUCGACACAAAGGAGAGCUACUGGACAUGUUUGCAACGACUGUCUCAGCCUGGAACAACUGUUGGAAUCGACUCAGAAUGGAGACCUGGUUUUGGUAACACAGUUCAGAGAGUGGCCCUGAUGCAGCUGGCUGUUCUUGACCAUAUAUUUCUACUAGACGUCAUUAGCCUGUCUCAACAACUACAGGAGGAUGACUGGCAGCAGUUUGUGGCAUGUGUCUUCUGUAAUCCAGCCAUACUCAAGUUAGGUUAUGGACUCGACUCAGAUUUUCAGAUGUUUGUUAAGACAUUUCCCUUCAUGAAGGAAAGCCUUGCACAUCUGUGUCGUGUGGUGGAGCUGGAGAAAGUUGCUCGGAAGGUGAUAGAUAAGACAGUGAACCUCCUCCCUGAGACUGGACAGUCAGACGAGGAAGAUGCACCUGUAGAGGACAGUGACAGUGGAGUAAACAUCAAGUUUCCCCAGAAGGAAGCACGGGGCCUCAGUGAAUUGGUGAGACAAACUCUCGGGAGGCCCCUCAGUAAAACAGAGCAGAUGUCAGACUGGGAACGCAGACCUUUGAGGCCAGCUCAAAUCACUUACGCAGCACUGGAUGCUUAUGUACUUCUGGAAGUGUAUGAUGAACUGAUCAGCAGAGCUCAGAAGUUGAAGAUGAACUUUGACAUGGAACUUCCUGUAAGCAUGAAGUGGAUGAAGGCAAGCAAGCGAGACAAGAUGAGAGCCAGGGCUAAAGGUCAAAAGUUCACAUAUAAAGAUAAAUCUCCAAAGACCAACCAGUAUACUUCCCCACCCCCACGUGGAGCUGGGCCCAGUCAGAUCCUGUCCCCGGGGCAACUGAAGGUGGUAGUGGACUCCAUGUUACAAGGACUAGGCCGCCAGCUUAGGAGUUGUGGAGUGGACGUCUACAUACUGGAGAACCACGAGGACCACGACAGAACCAUUGAGAUAUGCAAGACACAGAAUAGAAUUGUGUUAACCAGUGGAAACCCCUAUAUAAUGGUGAGGUCACACGUGGGGGAACACAUGUGUUACUGUGUACAGAGUGUGACUGCGAGGGAACAGGUAGUAGAGGUCAUGGAACAUUUCGGAGUGAAGGUGAAAACCGAGGAUAUCUUCAGUCGCUGCCAGGUGUGUAACGGUGACCAGUACCUGAAGAUACCUCAGGAACAGACCAAACAGUUAUGGUACAGGAAGCAGCAACAGUUGUCUGUAUCGGGGUCUCGGGUCCAGUCGUUGAUGAGAGCCGCUAAUCCAGUCUCUGUGUCAGAGGCAGACGCAGUGUGUAUGAAGGAUUUGGCAAACUAUGGUGUUAAUUGGACUAACGUGUCUGUAACAACAAACGGGGCUCCCAUACAGAUUGAGACGGUACCAGAAGGCUUACUGGGAAGGGUAAGCUUAUUUUACGUGUGUCAGAGGUGUGGAAAGGUCUUCUGGGAAGGUUCCCACUUUGCGAAGGUAAAGGAACAGUUUGCACAUGUUUUGACAUUGAAUGACAAAUAAAAGUGUGUUCUGAUUCGUUAAAACACUGGAGUAUUACUUCAUCUGGCAGUUAAUCGCCUGGACAUACCUGUUUGUGUUGCCUUGGUUUCUGGGAAAACAGAAGUUGUAUGACUAUUAGAUCUGAAACUGCCAUAAUGGUGCAAUACGGUUCAGAGUGGUCAUGUUGAAGUGUCUUUCAAGACCAUUAUAAUGAACUUGUUAAUUGACUGUAUGGUUAUAUAUAGAAGAUGGAAAUAAAAUUCUCGGAAAUUA